GUCGUGGGCUUUUAAAGCGUAUCCGAGCAGUCCUUUUCAAGCUCCCUGAUUCCAAGCUCCCGUCUUCUCCCACUGUCAAGUCUUCGGAGAGCCGGAUCGGAGCGAUCUCCACAGCGAGAUCUCCUGUCCUUCUCUCUCUCUCCGUUGCUCCACGUUCUUUGAUCACUUUCCUGGAGAUGGGGUUCGUCUCGUUUGCGGGGCGGGUGCUUUUCGCCUCCAUUUUUCUUCUUUCAGCGUACCAGGAGAUUAUUGAAUUUGGAAACGACGGUGGACCGGCGGCAAAGGCACUCAGGCCCAAGUUCAACCAAUUGACAAGGCAUGUGGCUUCACACUUGGGAGUAGUAGCGCCGCAUAUUGAUAUGAAGCAUGUUAUUGCCACUACCAUAGCUCUUAAAGGGCUUGGGGGCCUUCUGUUCAUCUUCAGCAGCACUUUUGGAGCUUAUCUUCUUCUUCUAUAUCUGGCAUUCAUUACACCUAUUGUUUACGACUUCUACAACUUCGACAUUGAAAGACCAGAAUUCGUUCAACUUUUCAUCAAAUUCACACAGAACUUGGCUCUCUUCGGUUCGCUGCUUUUCUUCCUGGGGAUGAAGAAUGCCACACCUAAACGCCAACCGAAGAAGAAGGUACCCAAAACAAAAACUGGCUAGAACCAUCGUUAGUCUAGAGAGGGACUAAGUUAAAGAAUUGGCAGUCUAUGGAGUACUUUCUUUUUCUUAUCAAUAUAUUUAUCUUCCAAAAACAAAAAAAA